AUGUUGGACAGACGUGACAUUGAGCUAGAUGACGCGAUCUUGGAAGAUGAUGACGCGGACGUACUGAUCAAUGUGAAUCUGGUCGAUGAGGAGAAAGCUGAACUGAAUCGGGAAAAUCUUCGUAAAGCAGCCGGACUGGCUGGUAUUGCAGAUCAGGAAGACGAAGAUGUUCUACUUGGACUGCGUCAGAAAGAAAUUCUGAGUAAAUACGAUAACGAGAUCAACGGCGUACGAAAAGACGAAUUCACUCUGGGUGAAACGGGGGUGUACAACCCAGAAACGGAGCGUAUGCUUCGGCAACUUCAAGAGGAAAUGCGAGCCGGAAAGCAAUCACUCCCGGAUACAGAACUCCGAGUGGCUUCCGAAUACUACACAGAGGAAGAAUUGAAGGCGAAAUUCAAAAAACGUAAGAAACGAAUUAAAACUCGGGCCCGCACCACGCUCACAGCGGACGAUCUCGUUCCGGACGAGGAAUUAAAGCCGGUUACAUCCACGUCGGAUUUGGGCAGCCGGGCAGCUCGCGAGAGUCAUUCUGGUCAUGACGAAGAGAGACCGUCCGUGCCCGAUCCGUUGAGCGUCAUAGCAACUACUGUUGGAGGACAGACGGAAAGUAACAUCGAUGCGGAAGUUUUGGAGGAUCUGCCUCGUGACGAAGAAGAAGAAGAUGAACUGCGUGGUGAUAUUGAGAAUACCAUUCAGCGAGUGAUCCGGGCCAAAUCAACAGUGUAUUUGAAACCUGAAGAGGUCGCGGCUCAGUUACUGGCACGUAAAGAAGAAGAGAAUGCUUCAGUUGACAAAGAUCAAGUCCGCCGCGCCAAUUCCACGGACCAAUCAUCCGGUGUGAUCUUUGAUUCCACAGCCGAAUUUUACAAGUCAAUUGGAGCUGGUUUCCAGGAAUCAAUGCGCCAGAACGCCCGAUUAAACGCUGUGAAACGCGAAGUCCCNCGGAUGAACCGCCGUUCUAUCCGCCUCGGAUGGAAGGAGCGAAGGCCGAAUCGAUGGCAAACUGUGGGGGAGGACAGCCCGGGGCGACGUCGUCUGGGCACGACAAAAACACCUCGUCCGUCCACGUCGAACAAUGCAGAUGAUGACACAUAUCUCACUGGGGUAUUGGACGACGAACCGUGUUUGAAUUCCGGCCUGAUGUCUGCGCUCAAGCUAGCCGAGAAAAAAGGAUACAUUGAAAAGGGACAAGAGAAACGCGUCGGCACUGGGACAAUGGUCAAUCUGAUGGCGAAACACUUUGUGCAAGAGGACAUCAGAUAUGAUGAUAUCGAUGCCAAGUUUGCUAAACGCGAUCGAUACUCUGGUCCACUGUCAGAAUUCAAGGAGUUGAAAAACUUCAAACCGGAUGUCAAGCUUGAAUACGUGGACGAACUGGGCCGUCAAUUGAAUGCAAAAGAAGCGUUCCGACAGUUGAGUCACAAAUUCCACGGGAAAGGAUCGGGAAAAAAGAAAACAGAAAAACGGACAAAGAAAAUCAAAGAGGAAUUUCUGCUCAAAGCCAGUACCAGUUCAGAUACUCCGUUAGGUACUGCGGAAAAGUUGAACAAGAAACUAGAAUCCAUAUCUCUUCCAUAUGUGAUUCUGAGUGGAAAAAAUGCUGCUGUGUAA